AUGGGGUACUUGGUGGAUGUGCCGGUGGCAGUUUGCGGAGGGGGCAACACCACCUUGGUGCUGUCCGUGAAAAAUCUGGAGCUUCCUGUGUCUGACCGACUCAAGCCACACAUCCUGACCGUGAUUCGAUCCAGUGACAAGGAUGUGUCUUUCACGGUCGAGGGGGUCGACAGCUUGUCAAGACCAAUAUUGAAAGCAAACGUGGCGCUGGGGAUUUCCAAAGCAGAACCCGCCGACGCGACUGCAGACAAGGCUGUAGACAAGCCUGCAGACAAGCCUGCAGACAAGCCUGCGGACGGCAAGACUGCAGAGGACAACAGCACGGCAGAGGACAAGACUGCAGAAAACAACGAGACUGCAGAGGACAACAACUCGGCCGUGGAGGCGCAGAACGACUUGACUCAGGAGACCUAUGUGCGCCGUCUCAUUUCAAGGAGGAAGCCGUUUCGAGGACGAAGGCUGAGUGGCAAGGGUGGAGGAGGAGGCGGUCAUCGUGGCGGUGGCGGUUUUUCUCCACCCCGCCGGCGCUAUUCCUCUCCACCCAGGCGACGCUAUUCCUCCCCGCCAAGGAGGCGGUAUGCUGGCAUCUCUCCACCCAGGAGAAGGUACGCUGGCAUCUCUCCACCCAGGAGAAGGUACGCUGGCGUCUCUCCACCCAGGAGAAGGUAUGCUGGCGUCUCUCCACCCAGGAGAAGGUAUGGCGGCUUUUCUCCACCCAGGAGGCGGUAUGGCGGCUUUUCUCCACCCAGGAGGCGCUAUGGCGGCUUUAGUGGUGACCGACGGCGCUACCAGCCUCAGCACGUUGGGCCAGCGGCGCAUCCCUACGGCUGGCAGAGCCCCAUGCACCAGAAUCAGUACUACUACCGGCCCAUGCAACCAGGGUACCACCAGCAGCCUUAUGGCUACAGCAUGCACAACUACUACAACCCCAACCAGGGCAAUGGUGCCAAGAUCGCAAUGGCCGGCGCUGCGGGCUUUGUGGGCGGCGCGGCGGUUGGGCAUUACAUGACCAAGGACUACAGCCACCACGGCUAUGAAAGGUACAGCCGAUGGCACACCAUGGGCUACCGCAGGCCGCACGACCCGCACCACCCGCAACAGGGCGCAGGCACGGGGUCCAGCUGGAUGGGUGACUGCCGCCGUGGUGAGUGGAGCGGGCCCUGUAAGACCUGCAUGGAGAAGUUUGGACCGAACAGCUGCGAGACGGUGUACAAGUUUCCGGAGGCUGCCAACCGUGAUGACAUCAUGUCGACGGCCUUCACCAUGGACAGCGUUUUAGGCUUUAUCCGCCUGACCUUCAGCGACAUCAAGGGUACCGACCUCACCAAGGCCCGUAUUUGCCCACCAGAUGGCUGGCAUUGGGACCCCAAGCUGAACAACUUCACCGGCGUUUGGAGUCCUCCGGACAAGCAGGACAUCUUCAUCACGCUGAGCCCAGUGGAGGAGCAGAGCGCUGAGGUGCCGGAGCCCAAGCCGAAGUCUCCGCAGGACAGUGGCACCAUCCCACCGUGGAGGAAGGGUGGCGAGAUCAGCGGCGGACCUUUGUCCUUUGUGUUUCAGUUUCUCAUCGUCGGCUUGUGUUGUAUGUGUGCCUGCUGCUUCUUACUCUGCAACUGCGGGUCGUCUUCGCAUCGGCCACGACCCAACAUGGCGCCUCAAGGAUUUGAGAUGUCAUCCUACAGCCCUCCAGUAAUGGCAGCUGCAGCACCUAUGGCACCUAUGGCGCCUAUGGCACCUAUGGCACAGCCAAUGGCACAGCCCAUGGUCCAGCCGGGAUUCGCAGCACCCGUCGCUGCGGCGCCUAUGGCUAUGUCGGGCCUGGCUGUGGCCGCCGCGGCACCCAUGGCUAUGCAGGCCUUCGCUGGCCACCCGGCGCCUCAGGCAGCCAAGACAUGCGCGAACAUGCACGGCUUGCGCCGGGCGGUGAAUCAGGGCCAGGCGACCUGCGAUGAGUGCGACCAGCAGCAGCCAUAUGGCUGCGAGAUCUACCGCUGCGAUGCGUGCGACUACGACGUGUGCAUGAGCUGCUACCCCCUCACCAGUUUCGUGGACGAAGCAGCUCAUGGAGGCCAGAGCUGGCGCAUGCUGCUGCAGACAGCUCCGCCAAUGGUGGACGGCUCAGGGCUGCUGAGUGGGCCAUGGGGCGACGCACUGAAAGCCGCAGUGCUCUACGAGAUGCGGCGCGCCUGGCCCUCGGAGCCCCGGUUCCGCGGCGCCCGCAACGGCCCCGCGGGGCAAGUCAUCGCCUUCCUCGAGGCCAAAGGUCAUGGGAAUUUCGAAGCAUUGGCCGAGCACACGGAGAACGUUCUCAGGGAAAAUCCUUCGUUGCUUCCGCACUAG